AUGAGAUUCGCAUUGAAUUGCGUAAUAAGGAAAAAUUUACUAANUGAGAUACGCAUUGAAUUGCGUAAUAAGGAAAAAUUCACUAUACCAUGCGAAAGUUACUUGCAGAUCGAGGGAAAAGUUGAAAAACCGGUUGCAGCCGUCGGUACAGUAGUAAUGAAUCAAAAUUCUAUGAUGAAUCUUUUUGAUGAAAUUAGAUUUGAAAUAAACAAUCAGACAAUUGAUAAAACAAAAAAUGUUGGUGUAACUACGACUAUGAAAGGAUACUGUUCGUUCACGCCUAACGAUAUCGUACGGUUACAACCAGCUGGAUGGAAAAACGAAAAUAAAUUAUACAAAGACGAAGACUUCAUGGAUGACAACGAAUUCGUAGCACAAUGUCCGCUGUACAUGUGUAUGGGAUUUUUCGAACGAUACCGGCGUGCAUUAGUGAACUGCAAUCAAACACUUAUUUUGAUACGAUCGGGCACCGACAGUUCCGCUAUAAUGCUCGUACCACCAACAGGAGCGCAAAAAAAACAGGUUAUGGCCAAAAGUAAUAUUGCGUUAAUCAAACAGACGAAAGUGAAUAUUACAAAAAUGAAAUGGGUCGUGAAGUAUUUUNUGAAUAUUACAAAAAUUAAAUGGGUCGUGAAGUAUUUCGAACCGAAUGUAAAAACGGAAUUGGGUCUAAUGCGUAUAUUGGAUAAUAAAAAAUGGUUACCGUUAGAGUUUCAACACUGGGACACUGCAGUAUACCCACUGGUUCCGCAAACAACCGCUCAUACGUGGCCGGUGCGUGCGUACUCAGGUGUUGAAAAACCUAGGUAUCUACUCAUAGCCAUGGUGACGGAAUCCGAUGGGGUACACGGAAAUUUCAACCAUUGUUCUCUGCGCAACAUUAAAGCGUAUUUGAACGCGGACGAGUACCCGUACGAAAACCAAUAUGCAGAUUUUGACAAAGGCACAAUUAGAGCAAAAAUUCAAAGGUGCUUAAAUUGUGUUGCCAAUUCCAAUAGUUGCGCCACCGAUUAA